AUGCUUGGUCUCUCAUCUCUUCGCGGUGAAAAGCGACCAGCAGCCCGUGAAGGGGACGAGGUGCGGCGUCCCAGAAAGCGAGAGAGGUACACGCGCGUGGCAUGUGAAUCCUGCAAGUCCAGAAAGGUCAAAUGCAGUGGCAAGCAGCCAUGUAGUCGGUGUUCCGAGCUAGACAUGCGAUGCACAUACAACGACUACAUCCCGCAGCCGCCCUCCGAUGAUAGGAAUGCGGCAAUACGAGCACGAACCGACCAGAAGGCAAGGCAGUUCACAGAUGCCCCCCCACAAGACCUCGGCCAGCUUUUGUCUGCCCUGAAGAGAACCUGUGACGAGAUUCAAUCGUCAACUACGAUUUCUGGCGUCCCCUCUCCACCCUGUCCGCCACUAACGCGACGGAGGUUGAGUAGCGAGGAUACUGAGUUCAGAGAUACAACAUCGCCUACGAACUUUCUGCAUUCGCUGAAUCUCGCUCGGUCAGUUUUGCAGCAGAGAGGGGUGCUUACGACUCCUGGUCUCAACUAUGAAAGCCCAUCGGUAUCGAGGGACCCCGCCCAGUCCCUAGAUACCACCAUGGCUUUGCUCCGAGCCGCUCGUCCUGUGCUCGAUGUUGGCUAUGAUGCCGUUUCGCACUACAUGACCAUAUUCAAACUCGAAAUCUACCCCGCAUAUCCAUGUGUCAUCCUUGACUUUGCUCAACGGAAGAUUGAUACCAUUUUCAAGAUCUCGUCGGCUACUACAAACAGCGAAGCUGAAAACCUGGAAAUAGAUCUGAUCGAUGUUGAGAUAACGAAGGUAGUGCUCGCCAUUGCGAUGUUAACAGAAUACAAGGACACUCCGUUGAGUUCUGAUAUUGAGUCCCAUCUCAUUUGGAACAUUGAUAGAAAUAUGAAGCAAGAGACCGCACAACUUGAGGACAUCAUCAUAGCCUCCUUACUAGCAAUCUACUUCAUACUGAAGGAUGAGGCAGUCAAGGCGUGGCGAAUGGCUGGUUUUGCCGCUAAAUCAUGUCUCGAAUUAGGAAUGCACAAGAACAGCUUUUAUGAAAAUCAGAGCGGCGGUCCGGACAAAAGAAUCUUCUCUAAGACCUUGUUUUGUUGCGUAUACGAUCUCGACAAGAGGUGCAGUUUCUUCGCGAAUCUUCCCUGGACGCUGCAUGACAAGGCCAUUGAUGAGAAUGUUUUCAAUCUUGAAUCCCGCCACCCAUACUUAUUGGCAAUGAUAGGCUUGAGUCGCGUCCAAUUCGAGAUUAUUGAACUCAUCAAUUCCUCUACACCAGAAAAUAAGGAGGAUGACGAGAGGGCGGAAUUUUUUGAUUUCCGGGUCCAGAAACUGGUCGAAAGCAUCCCCCAAAAUGGCUUUUUCCCUCCAGACUCGGACGUUGUUCCUUUACCAUCCAGACAGACCGCUUUGAAAGCGCUUUUCCAACUUCGUGCGAGCCACAUUAGAAUGCUCACCCAUAUCCGAUGUCUAAGCUCUUCUCAAGCCCUGGCAUGCCGACCGCAAUCGGCACGUACACUGGUCUCGCUGGUAAAAUUCACAGUGGAUCUCCAUGGGAAGACACUUAAGCUUGGUGGGUUAAGUCGUCUCUUACGGUCAACGUUCGACAAGCUCCUAAUGGGAUCUGUAUCUUGCAUGUUCCUCACAGCAUCACAUGAUCCGAAAGAGUACGGGCCAAUGUGUUGCAGCCACUUUCACACAGCUCUCAAUAUUCUGAGUCAAUCCGACUUUCGACUGAACGGAUGGCACUCAAAGAUGUGGUGCACGUUGGAUGACUUGCGGAAGAUAGGGGGUAGCAUCCAUAUGCCCGCACCAGAAAGAUUGCUAGUACAGGUGAACAGCUCAGAAGAACCAUCUACCGUAAUUGAAGAUAGCCAACGCCCAUAUGGAGAGGAAGACCUUUUUGAGCCGUUUGAGAGCACGGACAACGAACUUCUUGCAAUCUUUGGAGACACCAACUCCAAGAGCCUGGAUUCGGUCAACAUGAGCAGCUACAUUGACUGCAUGUAUGAUGGGUUGAAUCUACCUCCCGUCACAUGGAACUAUAUGUGA